UCCCCUUUUUUGGCAGCGCAAUAGGCGGGGCCUAGCUGCCAAUGAAAGCUGGGCAGGCUGGUACCUGGCAGGUAGAAGCGGGUUGAUCGCGGGAGAACAGCAGCGAUGAGCGGCCACGUCGGGGAUCUGAGCCCCAAGCAGGAGGAGGCCCUGGCCAAGUUCCGGGAGAACAUCCAAGACAUCCUUCCUCUGCUCCCAGCCCAGGAUGACUACUAUAUCCUGAAGUGGCUCCGAGCCAGGUGUUUCGACUUGCAGAAGUCGGAGGCAAUGCUCCGAAAGCAUGUGGAGUAUCGCAAGCGCAUGGACGCCGAGCACAUCUUGGAAUGGCAGGCCCCUGAGGUGGUCCAGAAGUACAUGACGGGGGGCCGGUGCGGCUACGACCGGGAGGGCUGCCCCAUCUGGUACGAGAUCAUUGGGCCGCUGGACGCCAAGGGCAUCCUCUUCUCCGUCUCCAAGCAGGACUUGCUCAAGAAGAAGUUCCAGGACUGUGAGAUCUUGCGCGGCCUCUGCGACGCCCAGACCGAGAAACUGGGCAAGAAGAUCGAGAGCGUCAUCAUGGUUUAUGACUUUGAGGGGCUGAGCCUGAAGCAUCUCUGGAAGCCGGCGGUGGAGGCCUAUUCCGAGCUGCUUUCCAUGUUUGAGGAGAACUACCCCGAGUGCCUGAAACACGCCUUCAUCAUCAAAGCUCCAAAGCUCUUCCCUGUGGCCUACAACCUGGUCAAGCGCUUCCUCAGCGAAGACACACGCAAGAAGAUUGUCAUCUUGGGAGCGAACUGGAAGGAGGCCUUGCUCAACCACAUUGAUGCCAAAGAGCUGCCGGUGGAAUACGGGGGCACCCUCACCGACCCCGACGGAGACCCCAAAUGCAAGAGCAAGUUGAACUACGGCGGGGAGGUGCCCAAGAAGUACUACAUGCGGGACCAGCUCAAGACCCAGUAUGAGCACAGCGUGGUGGUGAGCCGGGGCUCCUCGCACCAAGUGGAGUACGAGAUCCUCUUCCCCGGCUGCGUCCUCAGGUGGCAGUUCAUGUCCGACAGCGCCGACAUCGGCUUCGGCGUCUUCCUGAAGACCAAGGUGGGCGCCCGCCAGCACGCUGGCGAUAUGAGCGAGAUCUUUGCCAACCAGCGCUACAACGCCCACAUGGUGCCCGAGGAUGGCUCCCUCACCUGCGCUGACGCCGGAAUCUACGUUCUGCGCUUCGACAACACCUACAGCUACCUGCACGCCAAGAAGAUCAGCUACACGGUGGAGGUGCUGCUGCCGGACAAGAAGGCCGAGGCGGGCUUCAAGCAGCUGGACAACCAGCUGGAAGUGCUGACCCUCAAUGACGCCUGAGCCCCUUGGGGACGGGAAGCCUGCUCCUUGGAGCCAACCUUGGGGCAGGGAAGCGGGCAGCUGGGGGGUCCAAGUCCCCCCCCAACAAAACGGGUCUGCCGCUAGCUUUAGGGCAGGGCUCGCACGACUCGGCGGUAGUAAGGGGCCACAAUUCUAAUAGGACUACACUUCUCCUCUAUGCUUCAUCCUGGUUGAUUGCGACUCGUCCCGUGACCGCCACUUUGCCACCCUCUCCAAUGCCUCGCUGGGCCGCCUGACGAUCCCAUGAAGGGCUGUGUGCGGCCCGCGGGCUGGACGUUGUGCAAGUCUGAUUUAGGGCAUAAUGGGGGGGGAGGGUGUUGCCUUCUAGCUCCCAUUUUGUGCCAGUUGAGAAAGCGAGAGUGGCCCACUUCCCUGUGGAGGGAAUGGGAUUAAGACUUGUCCAGUCCAGCCAACUGGAAGCCAAUCGCUCGCCUCCAGUUUAGCCUCGUAAAGGUACGUCUAACUAUGACGGUUCGUUAUCCCCAGUAGGUUGAUCCCAAACAGAUUGACCUCCGGUAGGGUGACCCCCUAAUAGGCCGAUCCUGAUAGGCUGAUCCCAAAUAAAGUGACACCCAAUAGACCAACCCCCUGAUAGGACAAUCCUGAUAGGCCGAUCCCAAACAGAUUGCCACCCAAUAGGACGACCCCCAAUAGGCUGAUCCCAAAUAGACUGACCCCCGAUAGGACAACCCCUCCAGAAGUCAAUCCCCAAAAGAGCGACACCCCCCCCCCCAAUAUUUUUAGCUCAAUUUCUUUCAACCCUGGCCCACACUGGCCUCUCGCAACCAAAUCCCGACUUGUUUGCCCAGAGAUCCCAAUGGUGGCCCUCUUGCUCACUCUUCCGGUUUCCCCUACGUCGACGACUUACUUCGAUGAAGUGGCCACCUUAACCCCUCUAUUUGCCCCCCGCCUUGUUUACUUUUUUGCCGGUGCCUGAGACGUCAAAAGGGCUGACGACCGAAUGCACACACCAGAAAAAACCAACCCACAUCCAAGCCAUAUUGUUUACACGCUCUGGGUUCGAGUGGCGCCCAGUCUUUCUUUUGGACAUGGAGGCUUCUGGAGAAAGUUGAGUUUGGGAUUCUCUGGACACAAGCCAGGGCUUUUGUUCUCCCACCAUACUUCUUCAUAUACCCCCCUCCCCCCCAGAUCUAAUAAACGCUGAUGUCAGA